CCUCCUUGGCAGAUGCACGUCUGUGAGGAUUAAGCCCAGGAUUAGACAGCCUGACGGCACAGCCAAGACUCUCCUCAUCUCACACCAACAGCUCCUGCGCCACGACUCCAGCCAGACAAGAAUGGGAAGAAAACAAACGUCCUGAUUUUCGGGUGUGUGACAUCAAGACACCAGCGGUCAGUUAUCCUUGUUGAACAUCUGAACAUACAAAAUGCCAAGUGUCAAACCCAAGAAAAAGAAAAUCAAGAAGGACAUUAAUGAAGUUGAGGAACCACAAGCAGGGCCCGAGCCAGCUAUAGAAAUGGAGGGUCUGGAGAGCCGCAGAGAGCCACUGACCCCUGAGCCUCAGGACAAUCCACCACAGAAGAAGAAGAAGAAAAAGAAGGCACAUACUUUUGAUGAGAGUGAACAGCAAGACCUUCCAAAUGGAGAUGUUCAAGAGCCUCAUACAGAUGAUGAAGAAGUCACCAGAAAAAGCAAGAGAAAAAGGAAGGCUAAGAUGAUGGAAAACCAGUCUCAUGAUGAGCUCGGCGUGGAGGAGGAGGACAUCAUCACCGAUGUGCACGCACCCAUAUCUCAGCGCUCUCUAUUCUCAGCCCCUCUGGGUCACAGUCAUCCGAUCGGAAAAGUGUUUGUAGAAAAGAACCGCCGCUUCCAGGCGACUGAUCGUUUGGAUUUAUCCCGUGACCAUAUGGAGGAGUACAUGGAAGUCAGGCCCAUGUGGAAUACACGAGAUGUCGCCAUGAGGGUCCACAGCGGCUUCAGGAUCAUUGGACUGUUCUCUCAUGGGUUUCUGGCAGGAUAUGCGGUGUGGAAUAUCAUUGUUGUGUAUGUGUUAGCUGGAGAGCAGAUGACCACUCUACAUAACCUUCUCCAGCAGUACCACAGUCUGGCUUACCCAGCCCAGUCUCUGCUCUACCUCCUGCUGGCCAUCAGCACCGUGUCUGCCUUUGACAGGGUGAAUCUGGCCAAAGCAUCCAUGGCUCUUCGAGGAUUUCUCACUCUUGAUCCAGCGGCUCUUGCUUCCUUCUUAUACUUUGCUGCUCUCAUCCUGUCUCUGAGCCAGCAGAUGACCAGUGAUCGUAUACAUCUCUACCCCACAGCCAAUGAAACGCUUUGGCCCCCGGGUUCAGAACAUCAGAUUCUACAGCCCUGGAUCGUGGUAAACCUGGUCGUAGCUCUUCUGGUUGGUCUAGCCUGGGUGUUUGUUGCUACACGACCAGACAUGGACUACACUGAAGAGUUUUUAAUGGCGAUGGAGGUGGAGGAGUAUCCACGUCACGAUGAGAAACAUGAGCUGGCAGCCUAAAACACUGAUACAUGAUGAUUUACAUUUAUCAAUGAUCAGAAAUUAACAUUGUUUUGUGCUAAAUGUUUUGAUUUUACUUUAUUGUUGACCUUGUUAUAUACUGUAGAUAAUAACUAUGUAAAAAUAUAAAUAAACUUUUUUGUCAAA